AACCACAGAAAGUUAUUGAUUUUAAGAGGCUCUCCAUGUCAUCUCCCCAUAGUCUGCUGCUCUGAGAUCAAGUGUAAAACCGACCUGCUGUCAUGUGUUGAUAAGAGAAAUCUAUCCUGUGAUAUUUUUGCACACUGAGUCAUUAUGGUCCGUCUAACAGUGCAUCUGAUCGCAAAAUCAAGCAAUUACUCAAAAACCUGCAGAAGUGAAUCUCUCCAGCAGUAUCUGAAGAAACUGACCCAUCUCAGCUUCUCAAACAAAAGUAUAGAGGAAAUUGAUGAUCUAUCAAGGUGCAGAAACCUCACAGUCCUGUACCUAUAUGACAACCAAAUAUCACAAAUCUGCAACUUGGGGUUUGCCUCAAACCUUACUCACUUAUACAUGCAAAAUAACAAUAUAUUUUGCAUAGAGAACCUCUCUUCUCUGGAUAAGCUCUCCAGACUGUUCUUGGGAGGAAACAGCAUCACUGUGGUGGAGGGAUUAGAUGAGCUGAAAAGCCUGAAGGAGCUGCAUGUGGAAGGUCAGAAACUACCCCGUGGAGAAAAACUGGUCUUUGACCCCCGUUCUAUAUCUAGCCUCUCUGAAACUCUGUGCAUUUUAAAUAUCAGCAAAAAUAACAUUGACGAAAUAUGGGACUUGGCCCCUCUCAGAAAACUGACCCAUCUUUAUGCUACCGAUAACCAGCUACAGGACAUACAUGUCAAGAGGGAUAAACAUUCCAGUGAGGACUGGUAG